AUGCUGCCUCGCCUCAUAGCACGAGUACUCUUCCUAGAGCUCUAUAUCCAGUAUGCCUGCGCUCAAAGCAUCCGGAGCAUUUUCCUAUUCAAGGACGUGAUGAAAUCCAACACCACGGCGCUCAAGACAUCGGGGUUCAACACGCUCAUCAUGUUCGGCGUCGGCAUCCUCGACAACGGGGACAUCAAGUACUACUCCAAUACCCCCGGUAGCGAGGAUGUGGUGAUCGCCUCUGGGGGCGAAUACGUAGGCGGCGAUGCGCUGGCAGAAAAGGUCCGAUCGUUUAAAGAAGGCGAAACGGGCGUCGACAGGCUCGAAAUCUCGAUGAACUCCCAGCACGUGCAAGACCUGAUGACGAGUCCGGUCCCUCUAUCAAGUACCUGCCACGGUGGCCUUUGGAAGGAUGUUGGGGAGAUGGGAUACAAGUACACGAUUGCGCCGUACACGAACGGCAACUUCUGGGUCUCGGUCACCUCGCAGCUUAACUCGGGCCUCCAGGAGGCGGACUUCCUCGUGGAUCGGGUGUACCUCCAGUGCUACGACGGCGGGGCGAACAACGACCCGGGCAAUUGGCAAUCGGGAUUAGGGAUCAAGGUGGUGCCCCUCCUCUGGGUCGUGAACGACUCGAAGCCGGUCUACGGAGUGACUGCUUCGCAAGCCCAGAGCAGGUUUGCCGGAUGGCAUCAAAGAUCUCCGCUUGGCGGAGGCGGGUACUGGAACGAUUACGACAUCGAGAAGAUGGGGCUGUCCUACGCCGAUUACGGCAAGGUGCUCACGACGGUCUUCCCGUAG